UCAAAACUCAUAACUGUAGUAUUAUUUAUUUUAGUCUACUGUACUAACUACUAUUCUACAAAUUUAUUAUCUUUAAAGAUAGCGGUCAGGUGUGUUUUAACAGCAUAACUCAAAUAACUUUGGAUGGCUUCAGACAAGGACUUUAACGAUAUCCUCGAUGAUAUUGUUAUGAGUGAAGAUUCUACUCAAAAAGAGAGUUACACAGAAGGCUUUACAGCUGGAGUAGAAGGUGGUAACUCGGAGGGAUUUCACUUAGGUUACCAUAAAGGCGCUCGAUUAGGGAAAGAAUUGGGUUAUUACUUAGGUAUAGCAAACAUACAUUUGGAAAGAAAUGCAAACUCAGAUACUAAGUAUCCAGAUAAAAUAAUCAAACAGUUGGAAAAACUCAAGGAUCUCAUUAAUAGUUUUCCUCAUACAAAUUCUGAAGAACAUGACAUUGUGUCUAUGGCAGAUAAUAUUAGAGUAAAUUAUAAGAAAGCUUGUGCACUACUGAAGAUAUCGUCUGUUAACCCAUAUGAAACUAGUAUCUCUUUUUAAACAUCUUGUAACAACCAAAAUGGAUACUUCAAUGAAAGUACGGGAAAACCUAGACUCCAUCAUGAGCUACUUAACACCACUGCUUCCACUUGCAAAUUGCCAUAUGGUAGAAUUUUUUACAGACAAACAUUGGGAACAUUUGUUGCCACAUAAGCUAC